UGACUAAGAAAUCAAUGUUGUCAGUAUUGCCGCUUCAGUUUUGUUGGUUAGGAACGUUCGCGAGUUUUGAUGUGAUUUAUUUGCAAAGUAAUACAUUGUCAUAGAGUAUCGAAGAUAAAAGGAGAAAGAGAACGAGGAAAGAAAAACAAGAAACCAUGUCCAGAUCCAUAGUGUUCGUAACGGGUAACGCGAAGAAGCUAGAGGAGUUCGUCGCCAUAUUAGGCAAGAAUUUCCCUCAGCAGAUCAUAAGUAAGAAGAUCGACCUGCCGGAGUAUCAGGGCGAGAUAGACGACAUAUCUCGUGAUAAAUGCCGGGCCGCGGCGGAGGUUGUGAAGGGGCCGGUGAUCAUCGAGGACACCUGUCUUUGCUUCAACGCGCUCAAAGGUCUUCCGGGGCCGUACAUUAAGUGGUUCCUCGAGAAGUUGGGUCCCGAGGGUCUCUAUAGAAUGUUGAAUGGAUGGCAAGACAAAUCGGCGGAGGCGGUAUGCACCUUCGCCUAUUGCUCCGGCGAAGCUGACGCCAAGGUCCACCUUUUCCAAGGCCGAACUCAGGGCACCAUCGUGAGUCCGCGAGGUCCCAGAGACUUCGGCUGGGACCCGUGCUUCCAGCCACUGAACAUGGACAAGACUUACGCGGAAUUGCCGAAGGAGGAGAAGAACAAAAUCUCUCAUCGCAGUCAGGCGCUGGAGAAGCUGAAGGAUUACUUAAUGAAUAAUCAAAAUAUUUAACUGAUUAUAUCAAUAUAAUAAAGAGUUAUUGGCCUUUUCUCUCA